AUGUGCGCUGUGUCUUUGCAGACUCUAGCCGUCACCGCUGUGAACAGAUAUUUCCGAGUUGUUCGUUCCCGCUGGUUGUAUCAGAAAAUUUUCAAUAUGAAGACAACAAAAAUAACAAUUGCAAUUCUGUGGAUCAUGGCUCUCUUUUCGCCUCUUCCGUAUGUUGUUGCUGGCCACGAGUUUUUCUUUCACACUGGAAAAGUCUUUUGCACUCAUAACGCGGAAUCGUUGCAUGAAGGCUACGGAGCUUAUUUGGUUCUCGUUUAUAUAGCCAUUCCUUUAAUUAUCAUUUUAACUUGUUAUACAAGAGUUUUCAUCGCAGUGCGGAAACACAACUUAAACUUUCGCCCCCGAAUUCGCUUUAAUGGCAAGAGCGGCAGGAACUCCUCGAACAACAGCUGCCUUUCGGUUGAAGAAGUAAAUGUCACAUAUAUUCUGCUGGUUGUUGUCAUAGGUUUUCUAACCUGCUGGGCACCUGUUUUAGUCAUUGAUAUGAUCGAUUUUGUAAACGGAGAUUGGAAGCUCAAGCGACCAGUCUAUGUGAGCUACACCUGUCUCGGCUUGGGCAGCACUUCACUCAACCCCAUCAUAUACGGAGUCAUGAAUCGAACCUUCCGCUCGGAAUACUUGAAGAUUUUGGCGGUUUUUAAAAGUUGGAAUUUUAGUAAAAAGCCAACAAAUUCGGACUAUGGAAAUGAGCCAGUGCGAGCAGAUAAUGGUCCUAAAAAUAACAACACAACUCAACUUUAGAGAAAGACUGCCUUUACUUAUUUUAAUCAGGUCGAGCGUGAGAAUCGAAAAGUAUAUCAGACCUUCCUGUAUUAUCAUCUAUUAAUAACUCCAGUCUAGUCUGAGGAAAAAUUAGCAAACCAAAGCGCAAUAUAGUAGACUAAUAUUAUUCUUGAUCGCAAUAUUCACAGUGGUGCAGGAAGUUCCUUUUCGAAAGAAGUAUAUGCACUGCUUCAUCCUGUUGAAACGGCUGGCUGGUACUUCCCAAAAAGAGUCUCUCAUUUUUGGUUGGUUUGAAGCCUUUGAUAAGCCUCCUCCAUCCCCCUCCUCACUAGUGAACUUACACAUUAUAUUAGGACAGUAGAGGAAAGAAAACGGAAAACCUUGUGUAACACUCUAACAAAAAUUCAGUGUUUGAAAAAUAUUCCCUAAACUUUACCUUCCUUCAAACAGAUCUUUUUUUCCAAAGACCAGAACACGGUAAUGUUAAGUAAUUAUAUCACGACAAAACACGCAAGUAAUAGCCCUAUCGCGUUUGUCACACCCAAACGUUGCCGUUCUCUUCUUUCUGCCGUCAUUGGGGUAAGCUUACUUAGUAAAUCCAACGGCCCUGCUCCCUAUACCGUAACGGAUGGUACCACGAUCUGGGCAAUCUAUCGUGUACCAAACGCCAGUAGCACUGACAAGCCAUAAUUAACCGUUAUUCCUCUACCGCGGAGGAGCUGUCUAUCGUUGAAAUCAUUACCAAUUUAAGUUGGGAGCCUUUGACCAAGCGUAGAGAAGCCCACGUCGUUUUCCUUGUUAAAAAAAACUAUGCAUCAAAAACGGUAUGCCUAGUUAUCUCCAGAAUUACUUUGAACUACGCAACUUAAAUUUUCGGGCUACAACACAACGGCCUCGCACCGAAUUAUUUGUCCUCGAAAUUCAUUCAGCGGAGUAAUGUGGUUACUUCUUACAAUUUGCGUGAUUCUGAUAAUAAGCUUGCAAUACCAUUGCCACGUACUAACCAUUGCAAAAAUAGCUUUGCCUUUAGUGGUGCAGUCCUCUGGAAGAGUCUACCCUCAACUGUUAGGCAAGCAACAUCUCUGACUAAUUUCCGACGAUUCUUAAUUAAUUCCGACACGGCAUUCAUGUAAAACAGGCUUUAAUUUAGUUUACUUUUCUUUAAUAGUUAGCAAUAUUUCAAAUUACAGAAGAUUAAUCUGUAUACAUAGUUUCGUAUUAAGUUGUAGCUUUAUAUUGAAUUGUUAACGCCUGAUGUAUUUACCGUGUUUUUUAAAUAAAGAUGAUGAUGAUGAUGAUGAUGAUGAGGAGGAGGUAUAAAAUAAUAUUGUUCUGGAAAAAGUGAAUCUUAAGUGUACAUAGCAAUCUUUCUUUUGCAAAGGAGCUCGGUUUUUAAUAUUAACUAAUCUU